AUGCAGUUCCAGGUGGACGCGGGCGACUCCCGCCCGACGUUCUUCGAGCUCGUCGCGACGGACCGGCUCGUGCCGUCGCUUCGCGCGGCGCUGGUGUACUCGCUGAGGACGCUCGCGGAGAGGCGACCGGGGGUGACGCGGAUCCUCGACCACGAGGCGGAGGCGUUCGCGCUCCUCAUGCUCCUCGUCGAGGCGCACUCCUUCGCGACGUCCGACGGGAGCCUGGCGGAGGGCCUGUACGGACUGCAGCGCCGCGGAGGGCGCGGAGGGCGUGGAGGGCGCGCGGCGGUCGCCCGGGGCGGACUCCUCCGUUCGGGCGACGACGACGGCGGGAACGGCGCGCGCCGAUCGCGGAGGAUCGGCGGGAAGCAGCGACUGCUCUCCGUGCUCGUGCUCGUGGGACUGCCGUACGCGCGAGAGAAGCUGGACGCGCUGUACCCGCCGGGGCGAUCGUCGAGAGACGAGGGAGCCCGGGACGGCGACGACGACGACGCGCGCGGGGGACGUCGCGCGCGCGGGGGUUCAUCGCCGACGCCGGCUGCGCCGUCGUCGUCGUCGUCGGCGUCGGCCGUCUCGGGGGCGUCCGUUCGAGCCGGCGCCGCCGCCGCGUUUGUCUCCGCGUAUCCGUGGAUCCACGCGGGCUGGGAGGCCGUCGUGUUCUGGUGCUGGCUCCGGUACCUCCUCAAAGACGGCACCACGCACGAUCCCUCGCUGGCGACGCUCCGGCUGGCCGUCGUCCGCGCGUCGCCGUCGGAGGUGACCGCUCGCAGAGCGCGAGUCGAAUCCGCUCGCGCGUCGAGGGUCAAUCGCCUGUCGUCGUCGCCGUCGUGGAUGACGCGCGUGGUGGGGCCGACGGCGUUGAGGGCGGGUCACUUCGCCCUGGACCACGCGCAGGGCGGUUUGAUGGCGGCGGUCGUCGGGUUCAAGCUCCUGGAGUGGUGGUACGGCUCGGCGGAGGAUGCGGUGUUUCGCGAUCGAUCGCACCCGCCGCCGCCGCCGCCGCCGAGGACGGCGCCGCACCCUCGCGCACGGUGCGUCGUGCCGCGGGACCCCGCGCUGUGCCCGCUGUGCCGGCGGCGGUGUUCCCAGCCCGCGGUGGUGCGCACGAGCGGGUGGGUGUUCUGUCACCCGUGCGUCGUGGACGAGGUUCGUCGAUUCGGGCGGUGCCCGGUGACGCUCGCGGCGGCGGCGGAGGGCGACGUCGUGCGCCUGUUCAGCGAGUGA